AGCGACUCCUAUUGUUUCUUUCCGGUGUGUGGCCCCGGUGUUGCCAAUCCAUUGCGCUCACCAUGCUCCAGGACAGCUACGAAUAUGAUUACUUCUACGAGGAGGAUAAAAUCAUUAAGUUUGAAGCUAAGAAUUAAAGGAUAACAAGUGCCUACGGUCGCCCUACACGAUGGCUGAAAGCCCAACUGGCACGUGGUGUGAUGAAUCAACUGCACUUUUGCUGUUUGACGAAGCAGGAGACAAGACUGCGACCGAUACCGGAUCCUGUCGUGCGACGAACGUCGAGGGAAUCAUUGAUGCACCCCCGCCGAGUGGCUUGAUGGGACCACUGAUCGAUAUGGAUAAUGGCAGGGGUGGUGCUACCAGCACCCGCAGUAAGCUACUGCCCCGUAUCGGUCGCCGGAAGGACAGCAAAAGGAACCAGGGCUUCCUGGAGGAACCAGUACUACCGGCAGGCGCUGGAGAAGAGCAGCAUACGGAGGAAAACCCACCCACCGAUAAGCAAACGAAGGAAAACUCGAAACCAAGCACGACACGCUUGGAGGAGAUUGCAUUUGCCACGAAUGACGACCUUCCGGAUCCGGUGUUGUAUGCGGACGGUUGCGUCGAUGAUAAUAAGAUAAUUAUGCUCUGCCAGCGCCAGGAAAUGGAGCGUCUGGGUAUGACGGUUAGCUCGGGAACCGUCAUUAUCAAAAAGGAUACCAGUAACUUGAUCGGCAUAAGCAUCGGUGGAGGAGCUCCGCUGUGCCCCUGUCUAUACAUCGUCCAGGUUUUCGAUGGAACUCCGGCAGCCCGCGAAGGUACGCUGCAGAGCGGUGACGAGCUGCUAGGAGUCAACGGUGUGUCCGUGAAGGGCAAAACGAAGGUGGAGGUCGCCAAGAUGAUUCAAUCCGCGACGGACGAGGUGACGGUACACUACAACAAGCUACACGCGGAUCCAACGCAGGGCGAAACACUGGAUAUCGUGCUGAAAAAGAUGAAGCACCGGCUGGUGGAGAAAAUGUCCAGCAGUACCGCCGAUACGCUCGGGCUAUCACGGGCCAUCCUGUGCAAUGAUUCGCUCGUCAAGCGUCUCCAGGAGCUGGAACGAACCGAGACGAUGUACAAGGGUUUGGUGGAUCACGCGAGAAGAAUGCUGAAGGCCCACUUUGAUGUCCUGCAGACGUACCAGGCGUUCGGUAAUGUGUUCGCUUCGAUCAGUGUACGGGAACCACAACCUCGCGCAUCGGAAGCGUUCCGUAUUUUCGGUGAGCUCCACCGGAGUAUGGAGAAGGACGGCAUUAAGAUGAUCAAAUCCCUGAAACCGAUACUGGCCGACAUGGGCACCUACCUGCACAAGGCCAUUCCCGACACCAAGCUGACGGUGAAGCGAUAUGCCGACGCCAAGUUCAGCUAUUUGUCGUACUGUCUGAAGAUCAAAGAGAUGGACGACGAAGAGCAUGGGUAUGCGGCCAUCCAGGAGCCACUGUAUCGCGUCGAGACCGGGAACUAUGAGUACCGGUUGAUACUGCGGUGCCGCCAGGAAGCCCGGCUUAAGUUUGCCAAGCUGCGGAGCGAUGUGCUGGAGAAGAUCGAGCUGCUCGAGUGCAAGCACGCCCGUGAUCUGGCUAGCCAGUUGCGCAAGUUCAUCGAAGGAUUGGCCACGCUCGCCACCGAGACGGUGGAGCGGUUGGAAGCGAUACCGAAUCUGUUCCCGAUCGAGGUGGAUUUGAAAGCCAGCGCAUUUCAGUACAAAUCGGCCAUCAAGUUCCAGGCGGAAGAGUACGUGGACGAUGUGGAAACGGUACAGGCGGAGGAAGCGCUGGAGGAGCGGGACGCGAAGGUACGAUCGGAGAGCCAACGGCCGCCAACGGCAACUGACGGAGUGUCGCACCGACCGAAUGGCAGCGAUCUGGAGGGCCAGCUGCUGAGUGGAUUCGAUGAGGUGGAUCUAGGCAAAGGGUCCUCGAACGGUAGUGCAACGGCACAGAAUGAUUUGCUGGACGAGCUUGGACUCGCCGGGAUCGAUCUUUCCAUCGGAAGCAAACCUCUCGGCGGCAAUCUGAUGGAUGAUCUUCUGGGGCCGGAACUGGAUCUUUUCAAGUGAGCUGUAGCUUUGCAUUUCGAUCGAGGUUUCGGAUUAGAUUCUUGUCUCGGAAUCGGCACGGUGUACACCAACAUGUUUCAUAUGUUUUCGUAUCCAUGUGUUUCUAAUGUUACAAAUAAAUAAUAUCAUUUAUACUGUGUA